GUCACAGCAUAUGACCGUACCCCAUUGAAGGGAGAGCGUUGCGUGCACUCCUAUCACGGGCGCGUGAUACGUCGCUCCGCACUCCAUUUCGCCUCCGUAUCUCUGAACUGAUUCCCUAUAUUACCCGCACCCCCCAUCCCUCCGCUCUCUCUCUCUCUCUCUCUCUCUCUGGGGUCACAGCCAGGGAGUGUAGCGUAGCAACAACUCGAAUUCGACGAAUCCGAUAAAGCCUCUCUCUCCCCCUCUUUCUCUGAACUUUCUCGGACACCAAAUGAGAUGAUAAUGGACCUGUCCCGCCCUUGAACUCUCUUUCUCUCACCUUGCCCCUGGUUUCGUCGCCUCUGCUUUGCGUUUCGUAAGCCCUAAUUUUCUCUCUCCCCAAGUUUGUUACAUUCAAUGAUCGAAUCUCCAUUCUGAACUGCGAUUUGGAAGCACUUUGGUCUUUGCAACUUACUCGUCUAUUGAUCUAGAUUUGCCCGAAGUUCGACUCAGGUUUGAUUUGGAAAUGGUGAACGGUAGCAGAGUACGACGCAGAAUUGCUUCCCGACAUUUCAGGGUAACUCCAUAUCCACUGCCUUCUUAUAAGUCAGAUGUUUUGGUGGAUAUGUGCCCCAAGAAAUGCUCCAAAACUUUGGAUAAAAAAGACUGGGAAGAUGCGACAUGUUCUGUGUGCAUGGAAUGUCCUCACAAUGCUGUUCUUCUCCUCUGUUCUUCCCACGACAAGGGUUGCCAUCCCUUUAUGUGUGGAACUAGCUUCCGAUACUCCAACUGCCUUGGCCAGUACAAGAAAGCAUAUACUAAAGUAAACUCAUCAAUUGAUGGACAACACGUGCAUGGCUCCAUCAAUGAUCCCGUUCUGGUCCCAGAUUCCAGUUGGCCUGUUGAGAGUUGUGAAGUCACCGAGCUUGCCUGCCCCCUGUGCAGGGGCCAGGUUAAAGGUUGGACAGUGGUUGAGCCUGCACGAGUAUAUCUAAAUGAGAAAAAGAGAAGCUGCAUGCAGGAUAAUUGCUCAUUUGUUGGAAAUUACAAAGAGCUGAGGAAACAUGUUAAGGCAGAACACCCCUCUGCAAGGCCACGUGAAGUGGAUCCCAUACUUGAACAGAAAUGGAGACGGCUUGAGCGGGAGAGGGAGCAGGAUGAUGUGAUCAGUACAAUAAGGUCAACAAUGCCAGGGGCAAUGGUUUUUGGAGAUUAUGUAAUUGAAAGUAAUCAUAAUGGUUUUGAUUCAGACGAAGAGGAUGGGGUUUUUGAUGUAAAUGCUGCAGAGAGUAAUAGGGGCUUUGGGGUUGGCUUUGAUAGUAAUCUGGUGAAUGUCUUUCUUCUAUUGCACGCAUUUGGGCCAUCGGGAAAUGAUCUUGGUAGACGGCUGAGGCAGGCUGAGAGGACCUUUCACCGUGGAUCAGAUCAGAGUGCUAUUGGCAUUCGCCACACGUCUCCUGUUGGUAGAUUGGAUUCAUCUGAUCAAGAUGACUACAAUAACAGUGAUGAUGGUGGUGAUGAUGAUGGUAGUGUGUCACUGGUUAGCCGCCCUCGCCGACAUGGCAGGGUAUUAUUGGGGCGAUCAGGAAGGAGACGCAGGCGUAGAGAAGCCAUAAUGGAUCAGAGAUAGAUCAAAAUGCUACUAGAGGAGUGAGGGAUACCAAUCCAAAAAGAGAGGAAUUGGAGAAGUUUCUCAGGUAUAUAGUUCAGUAGGGAAAAGAAAUUAGGAAAUAACUUAAAAAGAAAAGGGUUGGACUUCUCCUCACAUUGCAUGGAUUACUUCUCAUUUGUAUUGUUGCAUGGCCUGUGCGAUAGAUUAGCCAAGACGAUGAAAGGUGGAAAGAUUGUUGUUUUUCUGUCUCUGUGAUGUACUUUCUUUAGAUGUAAUUUCCCAAUUACCUUUAUUCAUCUCUUUCACCUCGGUUUGUCAUUGUUCAGAACGUCAUGACCAGUCUACCUUCUUGGUAAGUUGGUAGGUUGAUUAGUAGCGAUGCUUUUUAUUUGUUGCCUCCA